GACUAACAGGUGCUGUACUGUUUCCUCUGACAUGAGUCAGCAACCUGUGCUCUUGUUGAGAGUGCGUUUGGGAAGCUGAUGAACGGCAUCCAAGAAUCCUGCAUGAAUAUUUAAUUGGAAAGAGGAUGCGGCUUUAAUUGUGUUUGCGGGUGACGGGCCGCAUGACAAUCCCAAUACAGUCAUCAGAGCAGAACCACAGCAGGAGCCCCGACUGACUCACUGCUCCUCAUUCAUUCAUUCAUCCAUUCAUUCACUCACUCGCAAAUGCUCGGCGUACUAUAAAAUGCCUUCGAGGAGGGGAAUAUUGGACUCACGCUUUUAGGUUCUCGCAAGCCUGGAGACCAAUCCUCAUUAUUUAGUUGACUGAACAGCAAAGAGAAAAUGAAAUGAUUUCUAAGUCAUGAAGGUCCCCCCGGCGAAUCCGCAUCUGGAUCACACAGGGGGCUGUGCAAAGACCGAGGAGGAGGAAGCCGCGAGCUCUGAGGAAGACUCGAGCUCGUUCCGUGGAAGUGGGGUCUGUAAAUGGUUUAACGUGCGGAUGGGCUUCGGCUUCCUGUCCAUGACCCAUCGGGAGGGCAUCUGUCUGGACUCCCCCGUGGAUGUGUUCGUCCAUCAGAGCAAGCUUCAUAUGGAGGGCUUCCGCAGUCUGAAGGAAGGAGAAGCAGUGGAGUUCAGCUUCAAAAGAUCCUCUAAGGGUCUGGAGUCCCUACGGGUGACGGGGCCCGGUGGGGCGCCAUGCAUGGGCAGCGAGAAGAAACCUAAGGGUGCCCAAAAACGGCGUUCAAAAGGAGAUCGAUGCUUCAACUGUGGAGGGCCGAAUCAUCACGCCAAAGAAUGCCAGCUGCCACCUCAGCCAAAAAAGUGCCAUUUUUGCCAAAGCAUCACCCACAUGGUGGCCAACUGUCCAAUCAAAGCACAGCAGUUGUCACCGGGAUCUCAGGGAAAAUCAACAACCUCGACCGCAGGAGAAGAGGAGGACAUGAGCCACACCCCCUUCCCUCCCGACAGCUCUGAUUAGUCGGGGGAAGGUUGUCAGGGAAACACAAGCACCAAUCAAAAAGUUUCAAUGGAAAGCUGCUUUUGGAACUAACUCAGGUUUUUCUUUUUCAAACAGCAGAAAUGAAUGUCGACGCUCACUUUUGUACUUUAGCCAGGAAAUUUAAAACUAUCGAAUGUUAUAUCACUAUCAUAUCCAUCUUUAUUUCUGACAGUCAUCUUGGUAAAAUGUCUGCACUUCAGCUUUGCUAUCUGGGUAUUCACACAAAUGAUUUGGGAGGAACCAGAUAUUUCAGAUGGAUAAUCAUGAAAUAGAAGGCAAAUCUCUCAAUAAAAUGUCCAAGUCAGAAUUUCAGUAGUGAUAUUUUGCUUAAAAUUAAAACCAAUUUUUUUUUUUUUUUUUACACUAGUCACAAUGCUUG